AUUGUAAUUAUAUUUAACUGGGUAGAAAUAAUAUAUAAAAGUUGUAGAUAAGUUAUAGAGUCAUAGGCAAUUCAAAGCACCACCCAUGGCUUUCUUGUAGCAACUUGAAUCAUUUUCAUUUGCAGAGAUUUUACUGGCUAAUGUGCAUACUUGGUGCAUUGUAUUUCAUACACUAUCUGUAUUGGGAGUUGUUUAUGUUAUUGCAUCCGAUUUGUUGAUUUUAAAGUAGAUCUAAGCUUUAGCUACACUUUUUGGUUGACUUUUCAAUUAUCGCGAUUUAUUGGUUAAGUGUUAGAAAUUACUAUUGAAAAUCUAAAUUACGUCGUUUAGUUGGUUUUGUUGUUCUGAUAUAAACUGAAGAAAGAAAAUGCUUAGGAACGAAUUGUUUAAUAGUUGAAAACGUUGAAGGACUAGAGUCUAAGUAUCGUAGGAUCAGUGAUUGUUCAAUUUCGCUAAUAUGCUCGUAGAGAAUAUCGAAAAUAUUUAGGGAGGAAGAGCCACUUUUUAUUUGUAAAGUUGUUAGUAAUGGAGCUAGCUUUGUCAGUGAUAAUUUUGUGUCACAUCUGGCAAUUUCUAUCACACUUAAACUUUGUUUGGAGAGAAGACGGGAGAGAGGAGAGAAAAAAAGGAAAAGGGUGUAACUAAAUCCCUUGAUUGAAGGCACAAAUAAUGGAUUAGCCUUUUAAGGUGAAUUGUAUAUAUUUUGUAACUAAAAUGUGUUUAGGUCGUGUAAAUACCAAAACAUAAAUAUUUUUCGUAAUAAGAUUUCAAAUAGUGUAUAGGAAUGAAAAAAUUAUUUUUUUUCCGCGACUAGAAGUACGCGUCCUAAACGAGUAGUAAUAUGUACGUAAAACAAGUGGUUUUUUAGCUCUUCUAUUCUAUAGUCCUCACAAAUCGAGAAUUCAAGUUUAUGUUGAUCCGAAGAAAAUGCUUUAUAUAUUACCUAGCUAGUAACAAUAUUUUAAAAUGUAAUAAAAAAAUCUUAAUAAAAUUUUCUUUCUUGAGUUUUCUUCCACCCUUUAUUACCAAAAUUUUCGUUUCGUGUUUCUCUUAUUUCUCCAUUUUCUCAAUCUCCUCCUUCUCUCCUUGAAUCUCCGGGCAAGAAACUAUCAUCCUUUCUCCCUUUCUUGGGAAGGGGACAAAUUUAACCAUGUCAGAUUCUUCAGUUGAUGAUAAAAAAGAUGAAACAAAACAAGUUUUAGAUCAUAAUUUCCCCCCAUAUUAUCCCAAUCCUGGAUAUUAUUAUGCUCCAUAUGAUCAUUUUCCAGGAUCAUAUGGACAACCUUAUCUUGGUUAUCCUAAUCCUAACGUGCCACAAUCCCUUUAUUUCUACCCAAAUUACCAAUCUGAUUACUAUGACAAUAAUAACAAUAAUAUUAAUACUACCCCUCAACCCCAAAUAUCAAACGUAGCCCCACCAUCAAGAAAAUUGUUAACUUUCUGUCGAGUCUUGUUUUGCCUUAUUUUCAUUAUAAUCUUGGGUAUCAUUAUCACUCUCGUAGUUAUAUGGUGGAAAUUUUUACCAUAUGAGCCCAGAUUUGAGGUUGUAUCAUUCGUUGUGAAUUCGUUCGAGAUAUCCAACUCCUCAAAAUUGAGAGCAGAUUGGGAGAUAGAAAUGAACGUGAAAAAUCCCAAUAGGAAACUGGAUAUUAAGUUCGAGCAUAUAUCAACUAGUUUGAUGUACAAGUUUACACUUCUUGAAACGUCGUUCAGUGCACCUUUUAAACUGAAUAAAAAAAGUGAAGCUACGUUUCGUGCUGAUUUUGAUAUUCCAAAUUCAAAUCAUAAGAAAAUGGGAGGUCUUGUUGUGAAUGAUAUAGCUCGAGAUCGAAGAAAAGGUCACUUAUCUUUUGAUUUGAGGAUAGAAGCUAAAAUAUUGAAUAUGGAAGGCAACAAGGGGAGAAACCGAAAAACAGUGUAUGUUAUAUGUGAAGAUUUAAAUUUGGAGUUCAAGAAUUCUUCUAGCUUGCCAAACUGGGAUGGUUAUAUAGUGGAAUGCACUUUUGACGAUGAUUAAAUCGAGUCUUUUUAUUCUUUUCUUUUUGCUGCUUUCAUUGUCAAUACUUUUUUUUUUGGUUAGUUAUUUUUUUUCCUUUUUCUUCUAGAGGUAAGAUAAAGUUCUAGAAAACAAAAUGAGUAUUUCUUUUUGUUUUUGUUUUCUUGGAAUUAAAUUGCAGAAUGGCUCACUAUUUUUAAAAAGAAAUAUAUAUUGGCAGCAUUUUGUAGUGUUAUGAAUUUUUGGGCGUUCAAUUACGUCCGUUUAGUUUUCUUUAUACUAAAUCUAAUUGUAGAGAUUGAAUUUAAACAAAUGCUACUAUCUCUCUCACUUUUUUGUUUUUGUUAUAAGAAUUGAAAAAUAAAGGACAACUCCGUGUACAAGGCAUCUCGCGUUCAUACAUGGUCAGGGAAAGGGCUGCAUCCAAAAUGUAUAAUGUAGACAGUCUAACCUAAUGUAAGCGUUGGUGGCUGAUUUCACGGCUCUUCCUUAAGAAUUGAACAACUCCUGCCAUAUUCGUAUAUGUCUACAAUUGAAUUGCUCAUCCUUACAACUUCGUAUAUGGUAGCCUUGAAGAAAUUUCAUGGUUCUACACAUUAAUUAACAAGAAGCAGAGGCCACAAGCAACUUUAUUAACUCUAGACACUAACGAUGUAAAAAAUAUUUAGACAAUUAGGUCACUUAAUUGCAGAUGACUUAAUUUGGUAAGCAUUUAUUUGUAAUUUAUGUCAAUAUACAUGACUUAAAUCCUUUACGGUAUCUUAUUUCCGUGUCUAUCACGUUGUUCGCCAAGCUCGAAGCUAAAUCUUGUAGCCUCUCUUAUUCGCCUCUUCGAUUUUGUUGCUUCAUCUUCACGUAUAGGCAGUGUAAGAAUGUGUAUAUAAAAACAAAUUAAAUAGUUACGGA